UUCCUUUUUGCUGAAAGACAGGGGGAAAAGACCAUAUGCACACUUCCCUGCAGCCGAAUCCCUACUUUUCAGUAUCUGCUCCUGGCUGCUGGGACACUGGGCAAGAAGCCCGGGCAGGGAGAGCUUUAGCCACUCAAAGCCCAUGUCCUUGCUUCAUUACACUCCUGCUCUGGGGUGUGCGCUUUAACUACUACCAGUUUUAUUUAUCCGGUUAAAGUGGAUCAGGGUCGUGUAGUAUUGGAAAAGGAGUUUCCAAUCUGCUUUUCUGCCUCUGAAGAGAUCCCCUGUUUCCUGUAUUUCCUGCACUGUGGAAGACCGAGACAUUUGGCUAACGCAUAUUUGAUACUCUUUCCCCCCAGGAAGACCAUAAGCUCAAGAUUCUGGAUCCACUGUGGGGGCACCUUGGUCUUCAAGGGAUGGGCCUUUCUGCAGCCUGGUUCAGCACAGGACUGGCACUACUCAAAGUGCAGGCGGGAGGAUAAGGCUGCGUCGCCAGAACGGUCCUACACCCUGGACUUCUUCUAUGGAAUAUUCCCAUUUACCUCAGAAUGUGCUAAUUUGCCUGGUUGGAGUUGACUUGGAAGCUGACUUUGAGAAUGAACGGUGAUGUUCUCUAGCCACCCCUAACACUAUCUGGUGGCUCUUUCACUUCCAGUUCUUUUUCAAUGUGCCACAGCUGGCCGAGCCCUUGGAUCUUCUGCAAAUAGACUGAGGGUAACUGACUGUCAGAUAUGACUGUCCAGAAACUGGUGGCCACAGCUGUAUUAGUGGCCCUAGUCUCACUAAUUCUCAAUAAUGCAGCAGCCUUCACUCCCAACUGGGUGUACCAGACCCUGGAGGAUGGGCGCAAGCGAAGUGUGGGACUGUGGAAGAUAUGCUGGCUGGCAGAUAAGGGCAAAGGAGGGGCAGGCAGUGGAACCCGAAAUGGGCAAGGGGAAGAUCGGGACUGUGAAGCUCUGAGCUGGGGGUCAGAUUCAGCAGGAUUCCAGGAAUCGCGAAGUACCGUCAAAUUGCAGUUUGAUAUGAUGCGGGCCUGUAACCUGAUUGCUACUGUUGCCCUCACUGCAGGACAGCUCAUCUUUGUCAUGGGGCUGAUGGACUUGCCCAUCAUUUCACAGGACACCCAAUGGUGGGAGGAAGCCAUUGCUGCUGUAUUCCAACUUGCAAGCUUUGUUUUGGUUAUUGGCCUAGUGACUUUUUACCGAAUCGGUCCCUACACCAACCUGUCCUGGUCUUGCUACCUGAACAUUGGAGCUUGUCUUUUGGCUACCCUAGCAGCUGCCAUCCUCAUCUGGAAUAUUCUUCACAGGAGAGAUGACUGUAUGGCACCUCGUGUUAUUGUCAUCAGUCGCACCUUAACUGCUCGAUUUCGUCGUGGGCUAGAAAAUGAUUAUGUGGAAUCACCAUGCUGAAAGUCAGCAGAGGGCGUGACUAUGAGGUCUAUCAGGAUAUUGUCUAUGUAUACAUGUGAUAAUUUAAUACGGUAGAAAUUGAUGGACAUUUAGAAGGUCAUUUUCACUACUUGUGAAGUGGCUUUUGAUUAUUAAUUUUAUGGGUUAUAUCUAUAUACAUAUGUAUGAUACACAUAAAUAAUAUGUAUAUUAUAUAUAAAUAGAUUAUAUGGCCCCUACCCCUACUUUUGUACAGUGAUAAAAUUUUACUAUGUCACAUAAUUUCACAAGAAUGCAUUUUUCAAGUGUAGCAGCAAGCCAAAAUUUGUGAUAUAAGUAAAGAAAUAUGCAAAAUGAAGCCACUUUAUUCUCCAUCUUUGUUUUUAGAUUAAUUUAUUCUGACAAAGGUCAUACCUCAGUCCUGGUAAGGCCUCAACUUUGGGGAUGCUGAACACCCAGAAGGACUUAGAAAAUGUCAGAAAAAUACAUUAAGUGUAGCUACAUUUACAAUCAAAUGGUUAAGGUUUUCUUAUAGAACCUUGUCAUUGGCUUAUAUUAUGCCCCAAUUAUUUUUCUAAGUUAAAAUAAAAGAUGAACAUGCUUAAAUGUCUUCUUAAAGUUUAAUUUUCUACAUAAAAUUAUAUGGGUAGAAAGAAAUGAGUUUGUAUUAUUUUGUCAUUUCUGUGGGCCCAUUAUAGAAGGGUCAAAAUAAUGUUCUAGAAAGCUGGAUGGAAACAUGUGUGGGUGAUAUCUACAUUUUCUAUACAAAUGAGUUUUCAAAGCAUGGUUUCUGCAAAAAAUAUGAAAGUUGAGUUCCUCUUUGAUAUGUUUUGAUGUCUGAAGAUUAUGGCGGAAAAUUAACCUAUUUUGCUUUAAAACAAAAUUGAAAUAUCAAAAAAAUCUCAACUAGCUAUAUUUUAUAACUAUUUAUAUUUGUAUGCAUACAUUUAAAAUCAUAUGAGUUGGCAAUCACUUUUUCCAAAAUGCUUUAGUCUAUUCACCAGCUUAUUUUUGAGUGGGUACAAGAAACCUUAAUACUACAUGUCAACAUAAUGAUCAAGAAAACCAACUUGCUAAAUAUAUGAAGGUUGUGACACCUAGUAUUAUUUCUGUUAUGACUGAAUAAGACUUCCAAAAUUUGAGCUUCCAUUAUUCCAAAUUGGCACAGGCUCUGAAAUGCCCACCAUUACUACAUGAACCUUCCCUUUUAACUGGAAUAAAACGUGUCUUGCAGAAAUUUCUUUCAAGGCUACUUAACAUAGGAUCUUUUUUUUGGUUCUGCUGUUAAAAAAGAAAUGAACAAGCAGGAUCUCAUAUUUUAGACUAUACUAGAAUUUUUUAUUUAAAAAGAAAUACAAUUUAUCUACCAUUUUAACCCACUGAUACCCUAGAAAAAUAUAUAUCAAUAAAAAAUAUUUACCAAUCAUCUGUUAUGUUCCUACCACACAAAUGAGUACACCAGAGAAUAUAAUUAUUUUGACAUCUUCCCAUCAGUACCUGGAUAAACACUGAUAGGUCGGGUCAUACUUCUGCUGGACUUACAGUCCAGAAAACUUGUUUUUUUCUUUUUUAAUUAAGGAUUACACACUAAAAUUAGUUGCAAUGAAAAAAUGGAAUAUUUAAGACAUUAUACCAUUUUUUGUUAAUAUUAUUGUAUAUGAACUAUUGUAAUGAGCAUUAAAGUUAAAAAUUAGCCAUGUGGUUAGGAGCAAUCUAAUAUCACUGUGUUUACAUUAAAUGAAUAAAGUAUUGAAAGGUGGGACAACA